CCUAGUUAUAUCACUUUGAAUAGAUUUGUCUUUUAACAUUACACAGUAAUGAGAUAGUGGCUUGCUGGCCAAGCUGUUUGUCACUAGUCUUAACAAAGUCAAGCGUCGUGAAUGAUGCUUUGUGUGGAUCAUUGACAUUGACGGACGUAGCUUUGUUAUUGGGAAUGCCGGAGACACUGGGAUAGACUCGGGUGGCCUCAACUCGACACUUGGGUCAGCUGGAGGAGGGAGAAACUAUCUGUACAACGAAGAUGCGUCUGUGUCGAGUGUUCUACAGAGCCAGGUCACGUAGUAAGAGACGGCGAUGUGCAUUGUGGAUAGGGACAUUCCUUGGUGCCUUCUGUCUCAUCUACUUCAACGUCAUGGGCAUGAACACAAUCAACCAAGAUCAGCCAUUGUUUUUGGCCAAAGACGUCCAUCCACGAAAACCCAUGGCCUUUAAACCCCCCGAACCACCAAAGAAAGAUGACGAGCUAGACUUUGACCAUGACCUUAUGCCAGACUUGGUACCCGCCAUCUUGCAUUAUGUUUGGUGUGGCAGACGUCAUUUCGAGUACCGCCACUACCUAGCGAUCAGGAGCGCUGAUCGCGCAGUGAGGCCAGACAAAGUGUUUUUCCAUUAUGAACAGCUUCCCGUGGUGGACCAGGAAGGGUACUAUCAGUGGUUUAAUGACACCUUGCAGGAAAUAGAUCAUCUACUUCCACGGCCUCUCAACUACUCAGUGUGUCCCAGAACUGGAACUGCAGAGAGAUACAUCCUCGUACUGGAUAUACUAGAUAAGUUCGGGGGCAUCUAUAUACCAGAAGAUUCCAUUUGGAUUGACUUCCCUGUACAUCUCCGGACGAGUCCACUAGUUGCAGGAGUAGUAGCUACAAGUCCAACUGAAUAUGCUGAUGGAAUUAUCAUAGGUAAGAAGGGUGGGUUCAAACCCCCGACUACCCCCGAGGAGCUUCUUGUAGUGCUGAGUCUGGGCAUACACGAACAUGGCGGAAUCAAACCUUGUGUUUCAGAAGAAGGAUAUGUCACAGAUGUCGUCGGGGACAAGAUAUGUGUUCGGGUAGAAAGGAAUAUAUUCCCUAAAGACAUAUGGGAAGAAAAAUCCAAAUUCGCCAUGUUGUCAAGAGUUGUAUCAUACGGUGGAGUAAACAUCAAACACUUCUUCAGUAUGAAAAAUCCAAUUCCCAAAAUCGGCCAUUACGUCUGUGUUGAUUGCAACAUCAAGUUCACUGGAUAUCUGAGCAUGUUGAGUGCAAUCUACGUGGCCGGACUGAGCAAAGUGUACAUUCAUGGCGUGGAGAAGCCCACGGGCAAGUGGUGGGUCAAGCUCAAGGAAGACCCCCGCUUCAUAUACGUGUACAGAGAAUACCCAGAAUCAGCAUAUGACAAGGCUGUCAUGACGCCAAAACUAGCUGUGGGGAUUAUGAAAGUGGCCAUUCUUCUCAAAUAUGGUGGUGUAUAUGUAGAUUUUUCGGCUCUCUGGACACAGAAGAUUCCAGACACGUAUUUUGGUUAUGACGCAAUGGCUUCCCCUGACUGGCAUCUUUACGGGCAUUGGCCAGAUUCCAUUAACCACGGGGUUCUCAUUGCUAAAAGAAACUCAAAAUAUUUACAAAAUCUAAGAACAAUUUUGCAAAAACACAAGAGCAAUAAUUAUUGGUAUAACGAUCAUUACCUCUCAUAUAAGAUUGUGGAGAAAAACCCUGCUUUGGUUUGGUUGAAUAGACGUUUGCAAGUGAAGUGUUUGAACCAUAACUGCCAUCCUACGUGGCAGCCAAACUACCAGUCGGGGUUGAUGCAGAAUAAGCCGGGAGCCCCCUUCAGUUGGAAGAAUGACACUCUCACUCUUCACUGGACUGAUACAUUCCCUGAACUGGACCUUGACAUGGUCAAAUACACGAGUGGAAUCGUCAUAGACGUCAGUCGCUAUAUAUUCGAGUCAGCAGGAAUAGCCCUCUCGAAGGCGUGACAUUUAAAUGCACACACCUUGGUGAGAUGAACAGAUAUGUGAGGGUCCUUGUAGAAAGUAGCAGAAAUAUAUUCAAUUUUAUUGCCGUUUAUAAAAGCUAUCGUGCUUCUAUCGUGAUUUUUAUAACACCAACACAAUUCAUGAAAAAAUGACGUGUUAUUGUGAAGAGGCAUGGGUCGUACACACGAUUGCAUAUACUGCAGGUCUCCCUUCAUCGACACACGUCAUGCCUGAACUGUGCCUGGGAAUAUUUAACACCUCGUGCCAGACUCGACUACGACAUGAUUGGUGACGUCAGACUGGAUCCCGGUACAUUCUGGCGACACGUGAUUUGUUGGGGGAAACUGACCUGAAUAUGAAAUAGAUAAGUGUCUACAUCUUUACCCAAUGUAAUGUCUAAUCCUAUUACGUAAAGCUAGAUUUCUAUGUUGGGUAUCAAUGUGCUGCAUGUUGGCGUUUGCAGUGUUUGUGCUAUGUGACACAUAAUGAUAGUCGUACAUGUGUGAAGAACCAGACAUUCAAAUUGUUAUGUGUUAAAGCAGAGCACAUCAUACAUUCAUCAGUAUCCACACCCUGGUAACGUUUUAGCGCUACACAAAUCGGGGAUGAGUAUUUUUGCAUGACAAUUACAAACUCCCCUAUAGCCGAAUGCAUCGAAAAAAUUAUCUUUUAGGCUGUUGAAAAAAUAUUGUCUGCCCCAUUCCAGGUUGCUUUUAACUUUUUAAGUCUUUGGUGAACACUCUGAUUUCCCUCUUCCAAAAUGGUACGGACAUGACAUCAAUUCAUCUGAUAGAUUAAGGAAACCGAACCAUUUUGAUUGCACUGCCGGUGUGUGUCGGCAGUGCGAGCGACCGACUGUUGGUCAGAUAUUCAAAGCGCGGCGCUAAUGUGAUUUUUCAAAUUUUAUUGUAUGUAUCCUGCGUACUAACAACAUGGCGCUUGAAUUACCAUAAGUUGAAGAAUCUUUUCCAAAAGGAUCUUGAACAUCGGUGGUGUUAUGUUUCCAAACACAACUGCAGACGCAUGUUGUUAUUGCGUAUGCAUAAACGUGUCAACAAUGCCAAUAUUUGGGUAUAUAUCAAUAUUCAUGCGCAACCAAAUUUGCAACCGGUUCCAGUUUGGUCUGUCAACGAACGAAAGUUAUGUAUUUACACUUAAAUAAUAUAUUUAGAUCGGUCAGAUACCAACUUAGAACCAAAUCCAAAUCGUUUCAUGUUUUUAAUCAAUGUGGUGAAGUAAUUUGAUGCACUUCGCGAUGUGAGACCCGUUUUAGUACAAUAUAGAUCUUGAUUAUCGAUCAGAUCGUCUUGACUAGACGCCGCCAUUUUGAUUGAAGCAAAUGCAAGUAAUAUAAUAGGUGGUAUCUGAAUGGUCGGUAGGAGAGACAGAGAAGGGACAUAACUCGUAAUAGCCACUGGUGGCGCUUCCGUCGACCCUGGAAAUUCCAGCCACGUGGGUGUAAACUAGACUUUCAUAGUCAGAUAAUUCCCUUGCCUCGGGAAGAUGCUCCGUGGAACGCGUUUUAUGAUUGUGAUGCAAGUUUCUAUUUCAUGGUUGUGAAUUGUAUAAUUGAGCGUGUAUUGUUUUUAUAACAGUAUUUUUUUAUAUGUGAUUCUGUCAAUUUGAAUAAAAGAAAUGUCUGUUA